GUACUAUCUUGUGCACCACAAGACACUUGGUUUUAUGCCGUUGCAAGGCAAGCUUGGGCGAGCACCAGUAACCUGUUUGAAGUCCAACACGAAAUCUUCGAGUGGUACCCUAUUUACUCUUCGACAACUGCUUAGCUCUGAACAGAGCUCUGAAGAGCCGAGGCUACGAAACGCAAGGGCGGAACGCUGUGCCACCUUUCGGAAUGACUGGGCCGAUACAUUUUGCAGUAUAUCAUGUCAAUCAUAUGGAUGAAUGCAUGCUCGGCAACCCUCUGGCUCUCAGAGCCGACGGUGAUUCUGCGCCGCGCACACCGCGCAGCGCAGUCCAGCCGGUUACUCAAACCGUGAUAGCAAGCCAAUCCAUGCAUGUCCGGGCCGGGCGUUGGCGCGUGCUGAGGCCUGGGGACUGGGCCGGCGAGCUGCAUAUGGUCAUUCAGGCCCGCUCGCGCGAACCUCGGACGCGUACCGAUCGCGACGGCCCGGGCGCGAGCUGGCUUUGAGCCCGCUUAAGUCCCAAGCCACUAGCUAAGUCGGACUUUUUCACGGCUGGUUCGGCAACCUUCAAGGCUGCCGGUCCUGAUCCACGCGCAUGAGCUGGCAAGGUUUGACAGAGAACUAGUCGCCGGAACCAUGAAUCCCGACGAAGGUGCCUCUGCCAAGACCCUUGAGUCCAACUGCACGUGCGCCAUCUGCGAGGCCAAGGGCGAUGGCAAGAAUGCGAGGCGCGACCACGCCACGGGCAUCGGCUUCCUGCUGCACGACCUAUGCGGGGCCGAGGGCGCGUUGGUGGCACGUGGGCACAGCCUUGACACCAUGAUACACGAGAUCAAUCACAUGGUCAAGAUACUGCCGGACGACUGCGGCCGCCUGUGGGAGGUGGACGGGAAGUCGUUGUGCUUCUGCUUCGUGUGCCCCUGCUGCAGCCAGCUGCUGCCCUCAGGCAAGGCCAACGCGCACAUGGUGGUGGCCCUGGACGCCGUUCGCCACAUGCUGAGCCCCCAGGUUCAAGACCGCUUCAAGACACAGCUCAAGCCACGCGGCGACCUGGCGGGCCGCCGGGCCAUGCGCGAGAUCCUGCGGGCGGUGGGCCCUGAUGUGUGGAAGGUGCUUGGAGCCCGCGCCCCUUCUUCCCAGGCGGGCAGCCAGGCGGGUGGUGCUGCGCAGCCGCCACUGGACUGCAGAUCCCUGCGGCCGCAAGCCGAGGUGCACUGGUGUGGCAGCCCGGCCGGGCAGAAACCGUCGGCGGUGCAGGCAUGGCGUCAGCAAGUCCUACAUAGUCUCUGGGAGGCGGCGCGCGACCCGGCUGCGCCGCUGCCCACACUGCCACCACCCCCGCUAGAGCUGGCGCGGCUGCGGUCGUUGCCCGACCACGCGGCACCCGCUGCCGGAGGCUCCAACGCCGCCGCCAGCCUGAAAUCGCGUCCGCCAACCCGGAGCAACACCGCCGGCGGCCAGAAGCGCAAGAGGGCAUCUGAUGAGGCCGGUGCCGGCGCCAACCAGCGGAGCCCUCGCGCCCGCUCUGGCAGCACCGGCAGCACUGUCGCGGCACAGCAGCCGCACCCGCAGGGCAGCGGCGGCAGCGGCUCAGUCGGCAACAAUGUCCCGGCGCUGCUGGCCCUUGAGUCUCUGCCCAUCGACGGCCACCAGCCCAACAGCACCAGCAGUCACCGCUGCGAACUGCUCGCCUCAAGCCCGCCGCUGCACGGCGCCCACCGGGCCUGGGCGCCACCGGGCUCGCACUCAUCCCUCCACACCUUCCUGGCGGUGAGUGCUAGCCCGGGCUCCGGCGCUGCCGGCGCAGCCGGAGUGGCUGGUGCGCUGGCGUUUGGCCCGCCCGCCUCCUACACAGCCAUGCUGCUGGUGGAGGAUGUCGGCAACGGCGUCCACUCCACGACUUUCCCGCCGCAGCAGCUGCAGCAGCAGCAGCAGCAGGCGAUUUCAGCGCCGCUGCUGUCGACGGCGGCCUCGCAGUCGCACCAGCCGGCCGGCCUUGCGCUGGCUGAGCAGGGCAGCGGCACAGGCUCACAGGGCUGGGCCGCUGCCGGGGCGGUGGUCAUGGGCGCGAGCGGUGCCAGCCGCGGAGGUCUGGGCCUGCUGCAGCACUCGCAGUCGCAGUCGCUGCCGUUGCCGGUGGCGACCGUGCGCGCGCCGCGGCCAGCUGUGCCCAGUCACCAGCCGCCUUAUUCACUGGCGGCGGCGGCGCCUGGUGCUGCGCCCUCAUCCACGCCGGCGAGCACCACAGCCAGCACCGCGCCCCACGGCCCUGCACCUGUCUACCCCUACCUUCAUGCAGCUGCUGGAUCAACGGCUGCGGGGGCUGCCGCGGCGGCGCGCGGCUACUGCGUCAGCGCGUGCUGCAGCUGCGGCGACGGCUGCUACUGCCAACAGCACCACCACCAGCGCCUGCCGUGCAACGACCACCAACUGCCAGUUGCUCCGCCCGCCUCCUACAUGGGCAACACACGCUACGAGCACCCACCCUACCACCAGUGGCCGCCCCACCAGGGCCCGCCCCACCAGCAAUCGCCGUACCAGCAACCGCCCCACCAGCAAUCGCCGUACCAGCAACCGCCCCACCAGCAAUCGCCGUACCAGCAACCGCCUCACCAGCAAUCGCCGUACCAGCAACCGCCCCACCAGCAAUCGCCGUACCAGCAACCGCCCCACCAGCAAUCGCCGUACCAGCAACCGCCCCACCAGCAAUCGCCGUACCAGCAACCGCUCCACCAGCAAUCGCCGUACCAGCAACCGCCCCACCAGCAAUCGCCGUACCAGCAACCGCCCCACCAGCACCAGUUGUACCCACCCCAGCCGCACCCGCAUCACGCCCAUCACCCUGCGUGGCACCUGCGCGCCUAUCCACAGGAGGCCUCUGGGCCGGGCAUGCCCUCUAGCGCCCACACCCUGCACGCCCAGGGCUCAGGAAGCGCUGCUGCCAACUACUUCGGGCCAGGUGCUGGCGGCGCCCAGCAGGCGGCCGGCUGCGGUAUCGCUGGCGGCGGCAGUGGCGAUGCCGCACACGGGCAGCACCAUCAGCACCAUCAGCACCUGGCCGCAAACGCCGGAAUCCAGGUGUACACGGGGGCGCAGACCAACGUGCCAUCGCCCGAGGCGGGUCCGGCGGGUCCGGGCUUGUCGUGUGCUCCUGCCUCCGGCGCCUGCACCGCAGCGGCCACCGCCGCAGCCAUCGCCACCCCCACCGCUGCUGCUGACGAGCAGGCGCUGGACGUUAACGUUUUUUUCCGUGAUGAUGAGCAGUAAGGCAGUGCUCAGUAAGGCAGGCUCAGUAAGGCAGGCUCAGUGGCUCAGUGGCUCAGUAUGGCAGGCUCAGUGGCUCAGUGGCUCAGUAUGGCAGGCUCAGUGGCUCAGUGCUCAGUGGGUAGGCUCAAUGCUCAGUAAGGCAGGCUCAGUGGCUCAGUGGCUCAGUCAGGCAGGCUCAGUGGUGUAGCCAGAAUUGUUGGGCAGAGCAAUAAGUGAGCUCAGUAGGGGGGGCGGGGUCAAUGCUCAGUGACAAUGACACGCACAAAUCGAGAAAUGGUUCCAAAUUUUUGGAUAGAGGCGUGUGCUUAGUAGGCGCCCGCGUCAAGGUGGCUGGGUUGAUAACGACCCGGGAGGGGAGGGCUCAGCCCUUUUCCUGCCUCCCUAAGGCAGCCACCUCCUUGUUUCCGUGAUGAUCGCUUGGCGUGCUUGGAUACAUGCGACCUAGGUACCGGCAUGAUGUGAGCGCAGCCCUAACACGUCAACACGCAAGAGGACGGCGGGUUCGGGGCGCGUGGGGAUGAUGUUACCAUGAAGGGGUGAUCAGGUUACCGUUUGCAUGCGCUCAAGCCAGCAGCUUGCUGUUGAAGAUCUGCGUCUGAUUGCAUGAAUGCAUGACCGGUUUAAACCAAUGACUAGAUACUGCGUGCCGACAGUAAGUAUGUAUACAUAGAUACUGCACCGCGUUGGUUCGUUGCUGGCUUGACGAAAUGUGCACAUGCAUGAGCGAGGCCUUGAACCGAUCGUGUCGUGUGAUGCCUUCCAGAGUAUCGCACGGCCUGUGAACCAUGUAUGCUUUAUGCUUCACUACCGUCGUCAACUUGUGGUCAACAGCCAUGCGACAUCGCUGUGGUUCACCCACUCAGAUCCAUUGCUGAAGUGGCCAACGUCGUGCGUGGCGAAACACUGCCGCAACAUGGGUUAUAGGUGCCCUGCUGUGAUGCCUGGGGUUUCCCCUGGUAUAUCCUACCAGCAAGUAAGACCAAUAUCGUACUGUAGGUGCCCUGCUGUGAUGCCUGGGGUUUCCCCUGGUAUAUCCUACCAGCAAGUGAGACCAAUAUCGUACUGUCGGCUAUGUGGCUGUUGCGGGUUGCUAUGCAUGCAAGGACGGUAGGAUGUGACGGGGAGGUGCUGCGCCGUUGCCAGGUUUUGGACGUGCUGGUAUGCCCCACCAUGGGAGCCCUUGGGGGCAUGACCGGCACCACGGGUGGCUGCGACCAAGGGAACUGUUGACUUUUAUAUAUGAUAGCUGGAGUACAUCGCGCGUCGCAACAGCAUUGCGUGAUGUGGGAUAAGUCUUGAAUGGGGCUAGGCUGCUUCAAGGGUACCCUGGCGGUUGGGGGGCAAGGGAGGCCAAUCCGCUGAUCGUGUCAGUUUGUCGCGACGCUAUCAGGUUGGCAAGGCAUCUUUCAUGUGUGGUUCGCAAGGGGAGUAAACUGGCGCACUUGCAGCACAACGACUGCCUUGCUGCCACCUGCAGCCAUUUACGCAGUGCCGUGUAGAGAGUUAAGCAUGCCUC